AGGAAUGUUCCACUACAUUCGGAAUAUCGGUGACAUCAUUCAUCUGUGACAUCACAUAUAUGUGACUGCCCGCGUGCCAAUCCGUACGGGUCAGUGGGUGCGAAUUAAACCCUCAGUCGAGUCGAGUUCCUGCCCCCGUUUUCACACGUCGCUCGAGUGUCUGCGAUGCGGCCGGGCCUGGUUCACGUGUGUGCGAUGUGGGUCCGUGUCCUGGUGGUCCUGCACGUCGGCCUACUGGGGGCCCCCGCGCUGGGCUGCUACCAGUGCCUGGUGGAAGUGAGCACCAGCCUGCGGCUCUGCUGGGGCCACUGGCUCACUCAGCACAAAAUCAGGAACUUGGACUCCUGCUUUAGGACCCUCGAUCGUGUGUUCAAUUACAACCAGAAAGUCAUCGAGGCCGGCAGAGUGGGGGAAGGCUACAGCGCACAGCUGAAGACUAUUCUGGAAGAACAGAUCCUGCCCAUGGUGGAGGAAUUUGACCGCAAGCUGAAUGAUGACACUGUGUAUGAGGAACGGUUGCAGAGAGCAGCAGACAGGUUUAUUGCGGAUGCCUCCAAACUGCCGAGGGUGUCUGGAUGCUUCCCCCCAUGUGGUUUUCAAGCAUCGGGUGCGGUUUACAACUGUGUCACCUGUCAGUACGAUUCGUGUGACCUCCCCCUGGACUGUCCAGUGGAAACGCUGAACGUCAUGGAGUUCAGUGGCACGCGUAUGUUGUGCAAUGUGCCGUUUCCAUUGCCUGACAACACUGAGGUGAUCUGGAGGUAUGCAUCACAGGUGGAGACCCGGAAGGUGGAUCAGUUUGAGGAGGUGACGGCGGGCGAGGACAGGCUCUACUCCAUCCCCAUGGCCCGGCGGUGGCACCAGGGCACGUACCAGUGUGAGCUGUACGCCGCGCAGCGCUCCGUGGUCAGGCUCUACUACUACCUGACAGUGACCCCCCAGCUUGAGGUGGGCCACACAGAGCUGCAGGAGAUCUUUGACCUGUCGGUGCUCCCAGGAGGGCGGAUGACCCCGGGGCCUGAUGGAUCACCCCACUCCCUCCUCCUGCCACCUCCUGCCCUCCUCACCACCUGUCUGGCAGCCAUUCUGCUCCUGCUGUUCCUGUCCCUGGGGCUUUUGUACUGGUGCACAGCUCCAUUAAGCAUGCAUGAGGGAGACGAAGCCUGAGGAAACAGAAGUCCAAGAUGCCAUGGCAGAGAGUUUUAUGUGUGCAAUAAAUCUGUUAUGCCCUCUGUGACGUCAUCCAUUUCAAACAGCCUGUAAUUGUCGCUUUCUGCCACUAGAUGGCAUGGCGAACAAAGUUCCUCUCAACCAUUCAGUGUUGUACUUUCUGUCAGUCCCAUCCAAGGUUAUUCACUCAUUCAACAAUAUGAUGACAAAUCGAUCACAAUGUAGGCCCUCUCUGUUGUUUCUAAUGUUUGUGUUAGUGACCUCACUAGCCAAUAAACCCUUCGGGCUAUACAAACUCUAGUCUCUCACUUUGACCACUUGCAAUAUAAUAGAUCUAGAUCUAAAUAUUUUACAAAAUCUUUACCAAAUAUGUAGGCUAUUGUAAUGUGUGCACUCAGAUUGUGUGCACCUAGACACAUAUUUCUACAUUAUUGUUCAGUGUGUUUAAAUAUAAACGUUACUUUAUUACUCAAUGCAAUCAAUGGUUGUAAAUAGAUUUAUUUCUGAUAUUGUG